CAGGUUCCGGCUUGAUGAGAGCAGGAGACUUCCAGGCACCAGGUCAGAUUCAAGAGGCAAAGUCUUAGAGGCCGGCCUGCCACUCCACCCCCCUCUGUGGCUCUGUUGGCCAGGACUUUGGCCUAGGACGGAGCAGCUGCCUGAUAUGGAAGGAGGGGGCCCUCCAGAGCUAUAAAGCCUGCCGACCCACUGGGGUUAGCCAGGAUAGUCCCUUCCUGCCCACUGCAUUCAGGUCCCAGACAGCAUGGGGUCUCGGUUCUUCCUGGCUCUAUUCCUGGUCCUCCUGGUGUUGGGAAAUGAGGUCCAGGGGAACCAGGAAGAGGAUCCAGGCAGCCUGGCUCUGCUGGGCACGGUGCAGGGGUCCCUCUUAAGCUACUGGACCUCUGCCAAGGAGGUUGCCAAAGACCUGUACCAGAAGACAUACCCGAUCAGCAUGGAUGAGAAACUCAGGUGCGAUCCUCCCACUGGGGACAGAUCUCUGGCAUAG